AUUCAUUCACCAUUCACAUAAUCUUAUGUAUGUAUCGUAUCGACAAGGAUGGCUGUGCUCCCUCAGACAAGCAUCGAUGUAACUCUUUUAUAUAUAAAUCACGAAGGUCCUGAUGAGGUCAAGUCAAUGCCAAUACGCCCAGUAACCGACCGCUUAAUAAGAUAAAAACAACAACUGAACAUUAAAUUACCAAAACCUAUCAGAUAUAUAGGAUGCCCACAAAAACAAUUGCCUUCUUCGGCGCAACUGGCGGUUGCACAAACGCCUGUCUCGCAUAUCUGAUAAAAUCCAACCUCGAUUACAAGGCCGUUGCUCUUGCGCGCACUCCUCAGAAGCUGAAGGACUCUCUAAUUCGCCAGGGAUUCACCGAUGCCGUCAUUUCCAAAAAAUUGACAAUCAUUCAAGGAGAUGCUACAGACGUGUCAGAUGUGAAAAGAGUACUUCUGUUCCAACAGCAGAAUGGAGGAACUAGACUAGUUGACGGCAUUGUAUCUGGUCUAGGUGGUUCACCAAUGAUUAAAGAAGGCACCUGGUUCUCCGUCACCAUCGACAAUCCAAAUGUCACCGAACAAACCACAACAACCCUCGUCACAGCUCUGAAGGAUCUGUAUUCUGAGAACGACAAUCUUAAAAACAGUAAGCCAUUCGUUACGGUCAUAUCUACCACGGGUCUGGCCUCGGAGAAUGAGAAAGAAGACGUUCCUUUCUUCUUCAGAACUCUAUAUCAUUACUUCCUGGCUGUUCCACACGCCGACAAACGGAGAAUGGAGGAGAUUGUGGGCUCUACGGAAAAUAAACAUCUGUUCAAGGGCGUCGUCAUUACGAAACCGUCGCUUCUGACAGGUGAUGGGAGCUUAACUGCUGGCAAAGGAUUGGCCAAGGUUAGGAGUGGCACCGAGGAUCAACCCGCGGUUGGUUAUUUCAUUACUCGAACAGAUGUGGGAGAGUGGAUAUGGGAAGAGGUGUGUAAGAAGGGGGGAUCAGAGUGGUUUGGAAGGAAGGUCUCGUUGACUAACUGAAUUUUGUUGUUUGGCUUUUCUAUUGUUUCGGAUGUGCUGUUUUGGAGCAGAUUGGGAUGGUUGGUUUGUCGUGGAUACAAAUUCGACUGGCUACAUGAAGAUUUAAGUUUGCACUGUUUUUAACGAGUAUUCUGGCUGUGUUUGGAGCGUUACUGUACAUAAUUU